CCAGAAAAUCAGAUUAGGCACACAAGCAGGGACAAAGGCCAAACAGUGACUUCUGGACAGGCAUUCAUUCUGCCACCUCACGUCUUUCUUGAUGAGCAUUUCUCUACCUGGAGUCUAGUCUGAACAAGGAAACCUCCCACCAAUAUGCCCACAGCAGUUCCGAACCUGCGUGUCUGCUAGGCUGUCACCUGCAGAGGCCACAUCAUUCCGCAACGAGACGAGUGGGACUGGGUUUGCCCAGUAGCUUGAGCAGUAGCAGCGGAACUGCGACCGGCCAUCAUACCGAGGCAGCCACCCUUGAUCUCAGAGCGACACAAACGUCACCAGCAAGGGGUUUCAUCCUUUGACAGUCUGGAGCCGCCCGUCUUCGAGCAUAUUCCGUCAACCGGGAACGGCUGCAACGGCAUCAAGACAGUACCUACCGGGCCCUAAAUUCCAACUUCGGCCCGCACACCACUCGCUCAUCGCGAAAUCAUGGCUGAAGCGGACCACACAAUGUCGGCCGCCACGGCAACACCAUCUGCCGUCCUAGACGAGCAUACCAUCCAGCCCGACCCAACAAUGUGGGACAUGGUUAUUGCCAGGGACUUCUUCUCUAUCGAGAUCAAGAUGGUCCUCAGCGCUAUCCUCAUCAUCUAUGUUGGCGCACACGCAUCGCUCCGCAGACCUCCAUCCGCCGCCCCGCCCACCAAGCUGAAGAGGAAGGGUGGCAAGCUUGUCGUCGACGAUGAGAAGGAGCACUUUGCCCAGGGCUUCCAGGCCACUGACGCCAUCUUGUUCCCCCUGAUCGCCGCUGCCGUCCUCAUAGCGCUCUACUACCUCAUCAAGUGGCUCCAAGACCCGGCCGUCCUGAAUAUGAUCCUGAGGCUCUACAUGGCCAUGACCGGCAUCCUGUCCAUCGGUAUCUUCUUUGGGGACAUUUUCCAGUUCGUGGUGAACGUGGUGUCUCCCGACUACUGGGCCGAUAAGUCCGGCCGUGUCUUCGAGAUCGACCCUAUCAGCCGCACCCACAAGCUCCUCAAGGCACCAGGCGAGGACAGCUCGGAGAAGGAGGCCGACUCUCAUAAGCGUCUGCCCCUUCCAGGUUUUGCUUCGGAGCUGAAGGUCUCCACGGCUAACAGCAGCGCGGCCUGGAGCAUCCGGCACUUUCUGAAAGAAAGCUGUGUCCUGAAGAUCAAAGUCCCUGGGGAUGGCUUUACAGGAGAAGUCAAGAUCACGAGUAUCAUUGGUUUCGUACUUGGCUGCGCUGUGGAGGCUCUGUACAUAUACACAGAAUCAUCCAUGCUGUCCAACGUCAUCGGCCUAUCAGUCUGCUACCUAGCUUUCAACUGGAUGUCUGUAACCUCGUUCUCUAUCGGGACCUUGGUCCUGGUUGGUCUUUUCUUCUAUGACAUCGUUAUGGUGUUCUACACGCCCUUCAUGAUGGCUGUCGCCACACAGGUCGACGCCCCGCUGAAGCUGACGUACGAGACCGCCGGUGGAAGGAGCAGCCUCCUCGGCCUGGGCGACAUUGUCAUCCCUGGCAUCUUCAUCUGUCUGGCGCUGCGGUUCGACUUGUGGCGACACUACCAGCGCAAGGUUACUCGCGUGCAAGAGGAUCUGAAAACUGUCACCAAGGACAACAACGAAGGCGAUUCUGUCACUGCAGACAACACCCCGAGCGAAACCACCACUGUCAAGACGGCGUACCGUACCGUCAAGGCGCCGUUUGUUGACCCUCGCGGCCAGUGGGGCAAUUUCCUCUGGACCACUAGCCCACGGGACAUUGUCUCCGGCCGACCGGCCGUCAAAUUCCUGGCUGACGCCGAUUUCCCAAAGACCUAUUUCCGCGUCACCCUCCUGGGCUACCUGAUUGGCAUGCUCGCAACCCUGGUCGUGCUGAUCAUAUUCAAGCACGGCCAGCCUGCCCUCCUGUAUCUUGUGCCCGGUGUGGCGGGAUCGGCGUGGCUGACGGGCCUGGUCAAGGGCGACCUCAAGCACAUGUGGGAAUACACCGAGGACGGAAGUCUAGAUGUUGAGGACGUCAUUGUGGAGGUUGACGCCGAUGGUAAUGUCAUCAAGAAGGAGGAUAAGGAAGACCCAGCAAAGGACGUCGCCACGAGCAAGGAUGAAAGAAAGGGAAAGAAGGACAAUAGGGCUGGAGAAAACGAUGAUGGCAACUAUGAGCUGUUUGUUUUUUCAAUCAGUAUGCCAAAAGAGGCGAGCCUGAAAGAGGAUUAGAUGGUCUGUAUAUAGUGUGCCUGUCGAUUGAGCCGUCCUAGCGGUGAUGGUCUGGACGAGUCCCGCCUCCGUGAUAAUGGCUAAGGAGGCUUGCUCCGGAGAGCACUCUUUGAACGCUGCUGCUCGCUCGGCUGCCUCUACCUGUACUACCAUUGCAUACUUAGUUCUAGUUGCCAGUGAAGCCUAGUGGCUCACCGUACCGAGAGUCAAAUUAUACAUGCAUACAAAUUGG